CGGAACCAAAUCAUUCUUCAAAAGUUGCCCGACAUUGGAUUUUCAUGAACGCGCUUUCCCGAAGGGAGGAGGACACACUCCUCAAAACUACUAAAUCGCGCGCUUUGGCGGAAUGUGAUCCAGUAGUCAAGGAAUUUGCCGACUGCGCAACCGGACGCACACUUUCUGUUGCAUGGGCUUGUAGGGGCAAGUACAAGGCUUUGCAGGAAUGUAUGCUGCAAUAGUGAGUCCCCCCGCCGCACUCUGUCCAGCAUAUCGAGUGAAUGUGUUUUAGCACAAGCCAAGCAGCAAUGGAUGAUGUCCGAAAAGAAUAUCUUCGUUUAAGAGAUCAAGAGAAAGCGUCUCAACCACUUCCAUGAUGAUGGCGGGAUAGCUUGAUUCUAUCCUUUACAUGCAAAGCAGCCGUCAAGGUGAAUUACACAUUGAUCACGGUAUCCAGAGUCAUAUCUGAAUCGAGUGCAUAAUACGCUCGAAUGCGUGGUACAACUUAGGACUCAAAGGCAGAUGCCAGAGAUUAGACAAAAGUACGCGGGCCCUGGGGCAAUAAACAUCAAAUACAGGUAGAAGUAUAGACAGGAUUUUAUAUAGGGAA